AUGUGGUUCUCAAUCCCAAUCAUAUUGUCGCUGCUGAUAGCACCAUUGAAUCCCGUGGCAGCCAAGGUCCAUCAAAAGAGUUGUGUAAUCAGGAGUGGGGGCACUAAUGUGACCGAUGAUGCCCCAGAAAUCCUGAAGGCAUUCAGAAAGUGCGGCCAUAAUGGAAGAAUCGUCUUCGAACCUACAACGUACUACAUCAACUCUGUCAUGAACAUAUCCUGGCUCAACAAUGUUGAUAUCGACAUCCACGGAACGCUUCUGUGGAGCACUGACAUCCCCUACUGGCUGAACAACUCGAUGGAUGUCGGAUAUCAGAACCAGUCAACAGCUCUGAUAAUUGGUGGGAAUGAUGUUCGUAUCAACGGUUAUGAUAAAGGCACGUUUGACGGCAACGGUGACUACUGGUAUCAAUGGAUCAGAAAGCAACCAAACACAUCCAACUACCCGGGCCGGCCGCACGCUGUGACAUUCGACAACCUUACAAACUCUGUUAUUCGUGGUCUCACCUUCCUGAGGAGCCAGAUGUGGACUAUGUCAAUAAUUAACUCUCACAACGUGUUGCUGGACAGUAUUCUUGUCAAUAACACAGGAAACUGGGCUCAAAGCUCCAACACCGACGGGGCCGAUACCAUUCGGUCUUCUCAUAUCACAUUCAAUAACUGGACCGUCUACAACGGUGACGACAGCCUUUCAAUGAAGGCCAACAGCACCGAUAUAACUAUCACAAACAGCAAGUUCCAUAAUGGUCUAGGCAUUGCGAUAGGGAGUAUUGGGCAGUACAAUGAUCAAUUCGAGACGAUCGAGCGGAUCACAGUCAAGAACGUCGAGUAUGACAACACAUUACAUGCUUUCUACAUAAAGACGUGGACUGCCGACCAGAAUGGCUACCCACCGAACGGAGGCGGCGGUGGACUCGGGUUUGCGUCUGGGAUGAAACUCACGAACCUAACCACAACGGGGCUUCGCGGGGCCGCGUUCGCAAUCUCGCAGUGCACGCGGUUCUCUGGUGCGCCGGGCGUGGGCAACUGCACGAAUUCGGAAUUUCAGAUCAGAAAUGUGGAGAUUGACGGGCUGUCUGGCACUAGCAAAUCGACAAGGUUGGCGAGCCUUCAGUGCAGUGCCGUGGCGCCGUGUACCAAUAUCACCAUCGUUGACAGUACCCUGCACCUCGACAAUGGCACCGUCGCGAGUGAGUACUUGUGUGGGAACGUCGCAAAUCCGAUGGGGUUCAGCUGCACUGGAGUACCUUGUGUGGGUGGGAGCGCCACUGGGGAGUGCUAA